UUGGAUGUACUGCUCUUGCAUAUUAAAAAUAAUGAGUGUGGAGAGUAUAUCCAAGACUGUCAAGGCACGAGUGUAACUUUGAAACAUUUGUGAAACAUUCCAAAAGCACCAUGGCCGAACCAUACCGAUUACGAGUCGUCUUGGGCCAAUCAGAAAAGACCACGAAUUUGAAGCCGGCCACGUAAUUCUUCGCAACUAAUUUUUGCUUUAAGAAGUUUUCUAUUCUCAUUCAUUUUAAAUAAAUCCGUAAAAUGUAUUGUUUUAUAAAAAUUUAUAUGGUCGCAUUGGCCAUUAUUGGUAUUGCAUUAGCUGGUGAACAGGACGUUUUGGAAUUAUCUGACGAUGAUUUUUCCACAAGAGUUGCCGAAACCGAAACUACAUUAGUAAUGUUUUAUGCUCCAUGGUGCGGGCAUUGUAAACGUCUUAAGCCAGAAUAUGCUAAAGCUGCAGAACUCUUGCGUGAUGAUGAUCCCCCAAUUGUUCUUGCCAAAAUUGAUUGUACCGAGGCAGGAAAAGAGACAUGCGGAAAGUAUUCGGUCUCUGGCUAUCCCACAUUGAAAAUUUUCCGCAAUGGUGAAGUUUCUCAAGAGUACAAUGGGCCACGCGAGGCUACUGGCAUUGUGAAAUAUAUGCGUGCUCAGGUUGGUCCUGCUUCUAAAGAACUUUCGUCAUUGGAAAAUCUCGAGUCGUUCUUGGCUGUUCCGGAGGCUGCCAUUGUGGGUUUCUUCGAGAAAGAGACAGAACUCAAAGGGAUAUUCCUUAAGUAUGCUGAUAAAAUGCGUGAAAAACUUCGUUUUGGACAUACAAGUGUUCCAGCCCUUCUUGAAAAAUAUGGCGAAAAGGAUGCAGUCUUUUUAUUCCGGGCAUCAAAUUUGCAUAACAAAUUCGAAGAAUCCUUCUUAAAAUUUGAUGGUGAUGAUGUUGGUCAACUAACACAUUUCGUACGCAAAAACUUACAUGGACUGGUUGGACAUCGAACUCGUGAUUCUGUCCAGGAAUUUCACAAUCCCCUUAUAGUUGCCUACUUUAAUGUCGACUACACUAAGAAUGCUAAAGGAACAAACUAUUGGCGAAACCGUGUUUUGAAAGUGGCCAAGGAAUUCUUGGGAAAACUUACAUUCGCAAUUAGUGCCAAAGAUGAUUUCCAACAUGAGCUAAAUGAAUAUGGAUACGACUAUGUAGGAGACAAACCACUAAUACUCGCUCGUGACGGUGAUAACCAAAAAUUUAUUAUGAAAGAUGAAUUUUCCGUUGAGAAUUUACAUAAGUUUGCAUCAGAUCUCCUGGAUGGGAAUUUAGAACCAUAUAUAAAAUCUGAAGCUAUCCCUGCAAAAAAUGAUGGUCCAGUAAAAGUGGCGGUGGCCAAGAAUUUCGAUGAAUUAGUCACAAAAGUUGAAAAGGACGUUCUCGUGGAGUUUUAUGCUCCAUGGUGCGGACAUUGCAAGAAACUUGCUCCAAUUUAUGAUGAACUGGGUGAAAAAUUAAGAGAAGAAUCCGGAGUCUCCAUUGUCAAGAUCGAUGCUACGGCAAAUGAUGUGCCUCCAGUCUUUGAAGUUCGCGGAUUUCCGACAAUAUAUUGGCUUCCUAAAAAUAACAAGUCAAAACCAGUCAAGUAUGAAGGAGGACGCGAGCUUGAGGAUUUUGUUAAAUAUAUCGCUAAACAUGCCACAGAUGAGCUAACUGGUUUCGACCGAAGUGGCAAUGUUAAGAAAACUGAACUCUAAAUUCAUAUACAUUUCCUUUUUUUUUACACUAAAUAUCAUUUCUUCAGGAUCUUAAAUUAAAAUUAUAUAGUACUGAAAGAGGAUAGAGAUUCUUGUAAUUCUUUGCAAUAAGUGAUUGUGUGGAAGAAAACAAUUAAAGAUUAUGUGAAAGAAAAAAAAAACAAGAUUUCCGUCUAAUAUAAUUUAUAUUUUCAAA